GUUGCUUAAAAAUAAUGACAGAGUUUGAUACAAAUACAUUAAAAAAUCCACUUCAAAAUGCUUGACAGCUUUCAUUUGUAUAGUACAUAAUGAUUAAUAAAACUGCUAUUUCAUUUUAGUAACAUUGAAUGAAUAUGUAAUAAAACUUUUGAUUGUGCAUAUUAUACUAUUGUUGUACUUUCUUGCCCUAGUUUGAAUGUGUUUUUCCUCAUCUGAUUCCAUGUCAUUGUGACAUCACAGUCUUGAUGAUUAUGUUACUCUUUGUCUGCUGUGUCACUAAUUUCUUACCCGGCUACAGCAGACAGCAUCUUAAAAACCGAACAGCAGCCAGUGAGUGUUAAGUUCUUCUCUGCCGCAAUGUUUAUUUACAUUAAACAUGGAGAUAAUAACCAGUUCCUAGUUAACACCAACUGUCCAACUGUUGUCCUCAUGGAAUACAUAAAAACCAGGUUGGGACUUGCUGAGUCAGAGCUUAUAGACGUGUGUGAUGAACGAGGAGUGCUGAAAUUUAUCUUCCUGCCCCAGAAUUCACAGGAAUCUGCUCGUGGACUGCUAAAGGCUAAAGAGACAUUCAUUGUUUGCAUUAUUAAGCGUUCAUCUGAUGGGGCUUAUAACUCUGUCACAUCACUGUUAUCCGGGGUUGACCCUGCUGUAAUAGAGACCCUGCAGACUCAGAUUGACAAUCUUGAGAAAACUCGUCUGAAGCAGCUUCAUAUUGUGGAGACUCGUAUGGCUACAUCAGAGGAAAUCAAUGCUCAGGCUCUGUCCACUAAAACUACUAAAAAGCGCAAGAAAGUUACACAUGCAAAUGCCCCUGAUGAAGAAGUCCAGCGCCACACAGGGGACAGGAAGAGUAGGAACUGAAUAAAAGCCCUCACAUUCGAGCAUUCAGCAUUCAUACUCAUUCUUAAUGAUGAGUCCCAGUUUAAUUCAUUCAAAUUACAGACAUGUUCAUCAGAAAUGCUGUAUUAUUUUUUAAAACUAUUUAUCUUUUUACUUGGUGAUUCAAGUUGCUACAUUGAUUUUAUAACACAUAAAACUCAAGGACUAUAUCUUCCAGAAGAAGGAUGGAAGACACAUAGGAAGGAAUUUAAUAAAGCAAUGUUUCAAUGCAAAUGUAUGUCCUCUAUCUAUCUAUCUAUCUAUCUGUCUGUCUGUCUGUCUGUCCGUCCGUCCGUCCGUCCGUCCGUCCGUCCGUCCGUCCGUCUGUUAUUAUUUCUGUGUUUCUAAAAAAAUGUGGGAAUUUUCCACUGGUCCCUUGAAAUUAAGCAACAGAUGAGGUCAUCGUCUUGCCUGUGAUUGGCUAGUAUGAAUACCUGUUUGUUACCAAGCUUUUCCCAGCUGGGUGCAAAUUGAGAGAGAAUCUAAGGAGGAAUAUUUAUAGAUUGGUGUGUGUGUGUACUGUAGUUACUGAACACACUUUUAUGCUUGGAUCUAUAUUUGGUAAGCAAUCAACCUGUCUGAAUACGGAGUGGGUGUAAACUGUAUUUUUGCAAUAAGUUUUAUGUCAGAGGCAUGAUGAUAUCUUGAAAUAUAAUUCAAGAUCAGUAUCUUGUUUGUCUCUCUCAUCCAUGCAGCUGCAGACUUUCAGCUAAACGUACGUAGGCCUUGCAGGUGCAGGAACUUUAUGAUGUGUUACUCAGCACAUAGAUUUUUCCUUUUCAGCAUUUCACCAGAGCACAAUGUGGGCGGAAUGCAGCCAUUAGACAGGAACGAGUGGGUGAAAUGCCAGUUAGCAGUUUUACCGUCUAUGGCCAUUAUAAUCUUUCGUGACAUCCUAUGUUGUACAGCACACUCCUAUCUGCUUUUUCCCUUUAAAACCUUGGUUGUGAAAUUUGAAAAUGUCAGAUGUCAGUUAUUGUGGAAGUUGUAUAGAAAGGAUAGUCAUACUGUAUGAUGAGAUUGAGUGUGAUUGACAGGACUGAACUGAAACUGUCUACUGGCCUAUAUUACAAACCGAAGGUCGCAGCUGUCAGCUUGCCUGUGGUCACUGUAUAACGCCUCACUUCCUCCUCUGUGAACUAUAUCUCUGUAGAUAUUUUUAUAUGGCUUCUUUUGUAUAUUUAAUUUCUAAUUUCUCAUUCUCGUUAUUAGAUAUCAGUCAACAUUCUCAGAAGUUAUUGUGUGCGUAUAUGUAUACAGUAUGUGUUUUUAAAGAGAUUUAU